AUGUCAUAUUCCUAUUUGAACCGUAGUGGUCUGUGCCACCAACUAGACCAACCCCUAAGGAUAUCUGCUGCCUCUGCUGCUGCCUCUGCUGCUGCCUCUGCUGCUGCCUCUGCUGCUGCCUCUGCUGCUGCCUCUGCUGCUGCCUCUGCUGCUGCCUCUGCUGCUGCCUCUGCUGCUGCCUCUGCUGCUGCCUCUGCUGCUGCCUCUGCUGCUGCCUCUGCUGCUGCCUCUGCUGCUACUUCUACUGCUGCUGCGGCCGCCUCCUUCGUCCUGGGAUGA